GGGUGGGGGGGCGGAUGAUUCGCCUCUUUACUGGAAGGUUGUAGGUUGUUACGUUGUAACUACUCGCCUCUCAUCGCAAACGAGCCGCACAGCCGAGCGGGCUGACGUUGUAGCUUAACUGAAAAGUCGCGUUAGUAUGUGCAGCGGCGCGUGCAAGGCGGUUUCCUACAAACAUUCCGGAUUUUUGUGGAUUUUCAGUCGAUAAAAAGAAGUCGAGCUUCCGCAGGAGGAUACAGAGCAGCAAGAUGCGAAAUAUGAUCCUGAUGGCGCUUCUGCUGGUUCGCCUGCCAACAGAGCUGCUGUCCGUUACAGUGAAUGUUCCAGAGACGGAGAGGAGCACGAUGCUGUUUGCCUCUGUGAUUCUGCGCUGUGACUACUCAACCUCAGCGAACCAGCAGGAGGUCCUGGUCUCCUGGAAGUUCAAAUCCUUCUGUAAAGACCCCGUACUGGAAUACUACUCCACAGCCUAUCAGGCAGCUCUGCAGCUCGGUCAGGACCCCUCCAAUGACUGCCCGGACCGCCAGCGCACAGUUCGUACUGUCAUCCAGAAACGGGGCAUCAAUGAGCCCAUCCUGGGUGCGGAAUACAGGAACCGCAAAAUUACAAUUCGAAACAACGCUGAUCUGGUUAUCACUGAGGUGAUGUGGUGGGAUAACGGUGUGUAUUUUUGCACCAUUGACGCUCCCGGUGACACAACAGGGGACUCGGAUCGUGAAGUCAAGCUCAUCGUGUACCACUGGCUGACGGUCCUCUUAAUCAUCAUCGGUGGUCUCCUGCUCAUCAUGCUCUUUUGCAUAUGCUGCUGUCAAUGCUGCCCGCAGAAUUGUUGCUGCUACGUCCGCUGCCCUUGUUGUCCUCGGACAUGCUGCUGUCCAGAAAAAGCUGUAAUGGAGCACAAGAUGCUGAAAGAAGCUCGGAAAGCUAUGUUACCCUGGAUGAAUGGUCAGCCCAUUUAUGCUCCCAUCAGCUCCAAUGCUUCCUCCCAGGGCGUUCCCAUUCUGUAUUCAGGUUCAUACCCAGACUACCCAACCAAGCACAACUUUGCCAUGGCUCCCAUGCAGCUGUCACCCAUGGGCCUACAGCAGCAGCCCCCACCUCCUCCUUCACACCAUGGCAACAGCAGUGUGGGUGGCAGCAUUUAUGGUAACAACCAGGUGUUGGAAUACUUCGAGAAUCAAGUGAGAGGGCUUGAUGUCAUUGCACCAGGGAUGGCUCCUCAUGCUGUCCAGAAUGUGCCUCCAUUACAGGCUCAGCCUGCUCCUCCACAAGUUUCCUACACACCAGGGCCUCCGAGUAUGUUGUCAGCACUGGAUGAGAUGGGGACGAGAGGGAUGGAGAGAAGAGUGAUCACCCUGCCUCCUAUUAUCCAGCGUGUACCCAGCUUUUCUUCACGCAGGGGCCCUGGUGGUGGAGAUGGAGCUAGGGGGGCUCCCAGGAUGUCCAGCCAGUCCAGUGGGAGUACAAACCGCUCAGCAGGUGGUCUCCACCGCAACGGUCGUGGAUCAAGAGACAGAUACAGAAGUGCAUCUCCUCCCAGGCGGGGAAUCCUGCGUGAUUACAUUGAUGAUUCGGAUAGGGACAACAGGCGGGGAAGAGCAUCUCACAGGAGUUCAAGGAACGAGAGAGGUAGUUCAUCCAGGCGCCGUGCCCGAAGUCGCGAUGACCUCAUGGAUGAGCUGCAAAGCAGAGCUCCUCGUAGGCAGAGGAGCUACUCACCUCCCCUGCACCGCAACGGGUCCUGGAGCUCAGAUGAAGAGGACAGUAUGAGAAGGAAAGGAGGAAGAGGGAGGGACUGGCCAGAGUUGCCCCCCAGCUACCACUCCAUUGACAUCCAGUCUCCACGCAGUAACAACCAGAGGAACUACGACCGCCUUUCUGAUAGAAGCUCCCAUAGCAACACCACCGUAGUCAUCUGAAACAUUUCUGUCUUUGAUCUUUUCUUGAAAAUGGUAAAAAUGAAGAUGAAGAAGUCGGUGCCUGUUUGGUCACCUGGAAGGAACAAAGAUGUUGUUGAUUCAUUUAGUAGUGUAAAUAUGCUGUAUGAGUAUAAUUGUACCCUGCAUGUAACAGCACCAAAAAUAACUGUUCAGGUGAUGGUGUAUACUGCAGGUGAUGUGCAGCUGCGCGAAGUCAUAUUAUUGAUUGUUAUUAAUAUGGUUGUAUGUGAUUCUUGUACUAGUUCUCCUGAAUUGUCUUACGUGUGGUGAUGGAUUUUGUGGGUUAAGUACAUUUGUCGUAAAAAGGCGCCUGUGCUGAAAAAGAUCCAGGACUCGCAGAAGAGAUUCCUAAUUUCUAGUUUUACUUCCUGGUUAUGCAUAAGUUUAAUAAAGAUACAGUGUUUAUUUGUUUUGGUUUUUGUUUUGCUGUUAAGUUUGUUUUUUACAGUAAUUUCUUUUUUGCCUUCCUUACGCUAUUUAAAAAUUAUUUUUAUAUAUAUAUAUAUAUUUUUUAUCCAUUGUACGUGGAUAAAGCAGUAACGGUUGCAAUGGAAACUACAUUUGCAGGAAGAUGGACUGAUUAGUGGACGUUUUGAGAACUGGAUGCACCCACACCAAAAUAUAAUUGUGACUGGAUUUUUUUUUAAGAUGUAGCUUUGUUGUAAAGUAUGUGUUUUUAAUAAAAUCUUUACGAUA